AUUUAUUUCCAUUUUAAAUAAUUUAAUGAUCUGGCUUAAACUCAAUUUUUACCUAUAAAUUAGGAUGUUUCAAGCCUUCUCUGUUAUAACCACUCACAAAACUUCCUCUGUUAAGUUUUGCGUAAAAACAACAAUGGAAGGUAGAGAAGAGGAUGUGAAAGUGGGAGCUAACAAGUACUCAGAGAGGCAACCACUAGGUACAUCUGCACAAACAGAUAAGGACUAUAAGGAGCCACCACCAGCACCUUUGUUUGAGCCUGGUGAACUCACUUCAUGGUCUUUCUAUCGGGCUGGCAUUGCGGAGUUUAUAGCCACUUUCUUGUUUUUGUAUGUCACCGUUUUGACUGUUAUGGGUGUUUCCAAUGCACCUAAUAAAUGUGCUUCUGUGGGUAUUCAAGGGAUUGCAUGGGCUUUUGGGGGCAUGAUCUUUGCCCUUGUUUACUGCACUGCUGGAAUUUCAGGAGGACAUAUCAACCCGGCUGUGACAUUCGGUUUGUUUCUGGCAAGGAAGCUUUCCUUGACCAGGGCAUUGUUCUACAUUGUGAUGCAAUGCCUUGGUGCUAUCUGUGGUGCUGGUGUUAUCAAGGGGUUUGAAGGAUCAUCAAGAUUUGAGCUCAAUGGCGGUGGGGCUAAUGUUGUGAAUCCUGGCUACACCAAGGGCGAUGGUCUUGGUGCUGAGAUUGUUGGCACCUUUAUUCUUGUCUACACUGUCUUUUCUGCUACUGAUGCUAAGAGAAGUGCCAGAGAUUCACACGUUCCUAUAUUGGCCCCUCUUCCUAUUGGAUUCGCGGUUUUCUUGGUUCAUUUGGCCACCAUUCCCAUCACAGGGACCGGAAUCAACCCAGCCAGAAGUCUUGGCGCUGCCAUCAUUUACAACAAAGGCCACGCUUGGGAUGAUCACUGGAUUUUCUGGGUCGGUCCGUUCAUCGGGGCUGCACUGGCUGCAGCAUACCACCAGAUAGUCAUCAGAGCCAUUCCUUUCAAGAGCACAUCUUAUAUUGCAGUAUCCAAAUAGAUUAUCUACUGGCUCGUUUGUUUUUCUUCCUGCAUUGUAAUUGUCAAGGUCAUGCGGAAGGAUUGAUUUUUCAGCAGUUUAUUUAUGCAUGAACAUUAUCAGUGAAUGCUGUAUUACUGCUUGAAUUUGCAUCUUAUGAAUAAAAGAUUCUUUGAUUUCUCCA